AUGCCGCCCAUUCUCCUCCUCAAAACCAAAUCCUCUCCUCACGACGGCUACGAUGAUUUCUUCUCCGCAAACGACUACACCCCAUCCUUCAUCCCGGUCCUAGAACACCGCUUCCACACCGAGAACCUAGCACACGUGCGCGAGCUCUUCGCCUCCGGCGCAUUCGACUCCAAUGCCACAGACAACCCCAAUGGCCCCAAAUACGGCGGCAUGAUCUUCACAAGCCAGCGCGCCGUCGAAGGGUUUGCAGAAAUGAUCGGCCAACACGGCCUCCCUCUGAACCCCUCAACAAACCUCCCCCUCUACACCGUCGGCCCAGCCACCGCCCGCUCUCUAACGACCCUCCGCAACAAACACCUCCCCUCCUGCUCGAUCCACGGCGAAGACACCGGAACCGGCGAGAAGCUAGCACACCACAUGCUCCAGCACUACAACGCCCUCCACCCAGAUGCCGACCCCAACCCGUCCCUCCUCUUUCUGGUCGGUGAACAGCGCCGAGAUAUCAUUCCAAAGACACUCAUGGACCCGUCGUUACCCGAUGAUCAACGCAUUCCCGUGGAGGAAAUCGUCGUCUAUGAAACUGGGGAAAUGGGUUCGUUUGAGGGAGAUUUCAGAUCUGCGGUGCAGGGUUCGGGUGAAGGUGUGCUUUGGGUGGUUGUGUUUUCGCCGAGUGGGUGUGAGGCGAUGCUACGGGUUCUGGGAUUAGGGCCUUUUGCUGGGAAUGGGAAUGGGGAUGGAGGUGGGGAUGGGAGGAAGGUGUUUGUGGCGACGAUUGGACCUACGACGAGAGAUCAUCUGAGGAGUAAGUUUGGUUUUGAGCCGCAUCUUUGUGCCGAGAAGCCUAGUCCCGAGGGGGGUUGGGGAGGGGAUACGGAGGUUUAUGGAGGAACAGGGGCUGUAGACUAA